AUGAUACGGCAUCGUAUGAGACUGUUGGGUCGAUUCCUCCUCGCCAUCAAAAGAAUAGAUAAAAACAUAGAAUCGCUGGAAACGGUCUACGAUCCGAAGCUAUAUGAUAAUUGCAUAUCGGCAAUACAAGUUUUGGCAGAAUUCGACAUCGACACAAACACUUUUAAGAAGCCAUCAACUGGUUCAACAUUGGGGACACUCCUAAAACAGACUGGACAAGUACUUCGUAGCUUAUGUAUUAAAAGAGGUGAUCACAACAAGCAAGUCAAAGUAGAAAAUUUUUUAAAAUUGUAUGAAGAAGAUUUUGGCGUAAGUGUAAAUAGGACCGUAGCUGAGACGCAUAUUAUGCGACACCGUCACAAGAAGGUAGUUUUGCCUUCAAUGGAAGACAUUAAGCUAUUGUAUAAUUCUUUGAAGGAACAUCGAACGGAGGCAUUAUCUGCAUUACAAUCAUGUUUCUCUAAAGAAGCGUGGUACACGUUAGCCGAAACUACACUUCUUUCGGUACAAUUAUUUAAUCGAAGGCGAGCGGGCGAGAUUGAGCACAUUCUAAUGGAGGAUAUAAAUAAUAUAGAGUCAGUAACAAAGGAGACACAAACCGAAUUAUAUAAAGCCCUAAAUGCGACAGAGCGUAGAGCCGCAACUAAAUACGUACGGUUUACAAUUCGUGGAAAACUAGGUAGAACAGUACCGGUACUUUUAGAUUCGGACCUUCAUACUGCUAUUAAAAUGAUACUAAAAUAUCGACGCAACAUAGGCGUUCCAGAAAAAAAUCCGUUUCUGUUUGGUAUACCGUGUGUGGAUAAAACCAGACACAAGUGGCUUAGAGCGUGCGUUUUAAUGAGAAAAUAUUCUUCAUUGUCUGGUGCAAAGUUGCCAAAUACUCUACGGGGAACAAUGUUAAGGAAGCAUAUAGCUACUAAGUGCAUCAGUUUAAAUCUAUCAGAUAAUCAAGUUAUCGAUUUAGCCAAUUUUAUGGGACACCAUGACAAGAUACACCGGUCUCAUUACCGACAAUCCAUACUGACGAAAGAUCUUGGUAUAUCUCGUUUACUUGAGCAUGCUCAAGGCGACGACGCAUCUUCAGAUGAGGAAAGCACACCUGAACCCGAAGUUGAAAAUCAGGAUGCAGAAUAUGAAAACGAUAACGCAGGUGCGUGUGAAGAAAUUACAAACUUUUCACUGGCCAGCAACAGCAUAUCGUAUAAUGAGAAUGAACGUACAAAACAUGUAGAGCAAGACCUAGAUGAUGAUGACGAUGAAAAUAUCGGUACAGAUAAACGAAGAGUUUCACUAUUCGGCUCAAAGAGACGUAGUGGUGAGAGAAAACGAUGGAGCACUAGUGAAAAGGAUAUUUGCAUGGGAAUAUUUGGCAGCAACAUCCAUAAGGGAGUGUUACCAUCAUUCAAGGAAAUCAAUCAAGUUAAACAACAGUACCCAGUUUUAAAACUACGUACACCAGCACAAAUUAAAACAUGGAUACACAAUCAAAUUCGAAAAAAAAACAGCUUAAUUUUUGCCUUCUAUGCUAAAGAGG